AUGCGGAGUAAUUUGGUGUUGGCGAUUGUGUGCAUCUAUGGAAUUGCCAAGGAAUUUCGGCCCGCGACGCCAUUCCUGACGCCUUUUUUGGUGUCAGAAGAGAAGGGAUUCACGAACAAGGAGGUUUACAAACAAAUGUAUCCCUUCUGGACGUAUUCGUAUCUACUCGUUUUAGUAAGUUGUUUUCUAAUUUUACAGGAAAAACAAGUAUGUAAAAACGAAAAAAGUAUUUUUAAAUAUUAGGUUGGAACGAAAGUUUUCCCCUUUGUUUUUUUUUCAAACAAAUUUACUUCACAGUUGUAACGGUAUAAGCCGUGACUCCGAAAGUUCGUGCGGGACAAAUUAACCAUACUUCCACACUUUUCCCAACCGAUGUAGGUGGUCCAUUAUGGUAGUAUGGGAGAGCCCAAGGAGCUCUCCAAGUUCACGUGAUGGUGAUUUGGGAUAGCUCUCGAUUAAGCCUUUUAGGGCGUCAUCAUCGAUCUCAGAUGGCCGCCAGAACUUGGUCGUCUGGCUCCUUUUUUUGAACCUAAAAGAUUACGUCCUUGCCUAUAACAUCCAAGAUUUCGGUUAUAUCUUCCAUGGGUUUUAUUUUUCUGCGAUAGUUUUAAAAUUGGACGCAUCGAACCAGCAACUUUGGGACGGAAAUUUUUCCACUUUUGGAGAGCGCUAUGGGGACAAGUUACAUAUCUGUCUACAUGUUAUUAAGUCACCCUUACAUAGUCGCAUGAUAAAACUUUCCAGGAAGUUUCACAACUUCCAUGACUUUUCCCGACAAAUACAUAACAACACAAACCCACGCAUAGUUAAGGAUAGGCGACGGAUGUGAAAUUGUGUCGCAUUUUAUAUUGCACUAACGACUGGGAUGGAAUGUAAAUUUAAUUGGAAGAGUAUUUUUGUCUUUUCAUUAUAGCCUAAUAACGGUCAAUAUUGCCAGCUUUUCGGAUUGUGCGAAUAAAUUGUGAACCGAACGACAUGAUAAAAAAAAACCAAUUAGAUUGAAUUGUUAAGAUUAUCGAAGUUACAUUGAAGUGCACUUUAAAGUCUUGGGUGAUGAAAUGACGAUUUUUCUUUAUCUAAUGCAGUCCGUGAUGUUCGCCACCUUUACGUGAAAAAAACGUCAGUGUCAUCUGCAAUCAAUUUCGCGUCCCGACUUUUCGGGUCGACGACUGUUCGGGUCAACACAAAAUCAAUCGAUACGCGGCAUAGGGCAGGUGGAUCCCCAAAAAGGGGUUGUAGGAAGCGCCUACAAGGCCUGGCAAAGCCGUUAGAUGGUCGGCGAACGCUCGACGAAGCCUCGGCGAAGACUUGUAACAUGUCCGCUUUUUUAAUUUUGGCUAUCACUAACGUUUGUUUUUCUUUUUCCUGAGUUAUUGUGUAGCGGGUGGUAUUGUUCCGUUGGUUCUGUAGCGCAUCUUAAUUAGCUCAGAGGGUGUGCGUACAAAUGUACCAUUUUGCAUCCUCGUGUUUUGCUACAUUCUUUGAUACAUCCCGGAUUACCGUUUGAAAGAGAGAGGAGGGGGGGGGGAUGUUUUUGGGGCCUACGUUUUCUAAAGAUCUCUAAACUUCUCCAACAAAGUAGCUGUACUGGCCAUUGAAGACAAGAAACUUGCCCAAAAUUUUAUUUUAUUCCAUUAAAAAGUCAAUGUUUUAAUUAAAAUUAGUUUUCUUGAAUUCCUUGGCGUCCAGUACUCUACUCCCAUUUACUGCUUCUUCUUGCCCCCGGCAAGUUUGUCCUCGAUCUUUUUAACAGCCUCGCGGUAUUCUUUCUCUGUCAUUUUUGGUCCGCUCAGCACAUCAAGGAGGCUUUCAAUAUCGUCCACUAUACUACAAAUUUUUGUUUUUUUGCCAGCUUCUUUGUAGAACAUGAUGUCUUCAAGGAAGUCGCCCAACUUUUUGUUCAUCUACUUGAGGUUUCCGCGAAUUCGGUCGUUAACUUUGUUCUGAAACUCUCAAAUGGAAGUAGGCCGUUUAGUGCACAACGGGAAUAGCCGUAUUUUGAACAAAACGAACCUUUGCCAUGGUCUUCAGAUAUUGGUAGCAUAUCCGAAGAUUACAGUUUUCAACGCGAGUGGCUACGGGAAUCAGAUUAUCACGUAUCUGUUUUGCUUUUCUGACAACUUUGUCGAAUUCCGGGCCUCUAGGAUCGUUGUCUUUGAUGCUGAGAACGUUGUUGUCCUGCUCGCUGAUAUCCGCUGAAAUGUUCAUUCUUUCUCUGUCCGAAAUAGUGUUCAGCUGAAAGAAGGGGCUUAGCGGGAUUGUUGACAAUAAGAAAAACUUUUGCUUAGUUUUAACCAAAGAACACCACUAUUGACAGUGUCAGUGACAUGCGCUAAGCUAAUGGCACGAAUUGCUUGUUUAAAGAGGUACUUUUGAACCGCGUAUUUGACAGAUUGAGAAACAAAACGUCCAAAAAAAUUUAUUCAAAACGAAAUGUCAACAAAUGUGUUUUCGUCUACUGUUGUAAAUACUAGUCCGUUCGAAAAGUCGCUGGAGUGAUAGCAAAAGUUUUCUUCGCCCUAUGCAAUUUCGUACUUUUUGCGCCGUAGCCUUUCGGGCUGUCGCAUGCACCCUGCAUUUUUUCGCACAGUGCGUCACCGAAAUCACUCCGGCGCUUGACGAACGGACUAGUAUUGUAAUAACGACGAAAAAAAGCCAGCAUUAUAUUUGCAUGCUUUCUAAUGAUUACAUAUAAAGGUGGUCAUAUAUAUGUAAGAUCUCGGAACUUUUUUUCCCCAAAUCGCGAUUUUCAGUGCACAAAAAAGUCGACGCCCAAAACGAAAAAUUGGCGUCGGCUUAUUUUUUUCUCGGCACCGAAUUCUGAAAUUCGGUAAAUUUUUCUAAGUUUUUCGAAAUCAGUGAACAAAGUCUGCUCCGAAGACUUCAGUGCUUAAGUCAGCACGCAUUUCGGAAUCCGGUGCUGAAAAAAUUACGUUGACGCCAAUUUUUCGAUUUGGGCGUCGACUUUUUUGUGCACCGAAAAUUGCGAUUUGGGAAAAAAAAAUUCCGAGAUCUUAUAUGACCACCUUUAUAUCUUACUGUUCGCAAUUUUGCCAAUUUUGUUCUUUCGGCCGGACAUACAAAAAAAUUUUUGUUUCUCGUUGUCCAGGCCCUUUAUAAGCUAGCCACACUGAACCUUUAACGGAAGGCAAAGUUUCUCCUUUUAACAAAUCUUCUUUAACUCUCAAACUCUACAACUUACCAUUUCCAUAAGCCGUACUGUAAAUGCUCCAACCAAGUUUUCGUCGUAUUCGAAACCAGAGUCUUUAGCCACAAGAGUUAUUUUACGGAUUAUUUCCGCCUGCUUGUCGCCGCUUGCAUCGACGACAACCAAGACAAGACAUAACAGCACAAACCCACGCAUAGUUAAGGAUAGGCGACGAAUGUGAAUUUGUGCCUGAGUUUAUAUUGCAGCAUCGACUGGGAUGGAAUGCAAAUUUAAUGGGACGAGUAUUUUUGUCUUCUCAUUAUAGUCCAAUAAAGCGCAAUAAUGCCAGCUUUUCGAAUUGUGUGAAUAAAUUGUGAACGGAAGAACAUGAUAAAAAAACCAAUUAGAUAGAAUCGUUAAAUUUAUCGAAGUUACAUUGAAGUGCACUUUUAUGUCUUCGGCGAUGAAAUAACGAUAGAUUUUUCUUUGUUUAAUGGUGUCCGUGAUGCCCUGUUGUCAUUUUGAGCGAAAAUCGGCACCGAUAGGUGGCGGCAAAAAACCUCGGAAUGCUGUGCAUAAUAGAAGUUAUUUUCAGUUGGUUUUUGAUGGAACUUGCGCAAAUUCAGACCAACUUUUCUCUAAUAAGGCAAGUUCCCGCAUUUUGUAACAGCUGCAUAGAUUUUUAAGGGCGUAUUUUUCCAUCGAGAUCCGUGGCUUUACGAAACUUUUUCAAACUGUACAAAAAUUGAAAAAUUGUCUCCUAGACAUUACAAACAACGUUUCCAUUAACAUUUUUUCAAAAUUAUUUGUCAUAUCUCGGAAAACUGUAACUUGACCACAAAUCCUAUAUCUCAAAAACUAGAUCUCCUACAAGGACGGGAUCACUGCUUUAAGAAGAUUGGAGAAAAUUUAUCAGUUUUGUAUUUAUAUUUUUUUUCCCAAAAUGAAAAAAUUGGUGUGUACUUCGUAUUUUAACUACUCCUUAGAUUCCAGUCUUCAUUUUGACGGAUCGUCUAAAGUACAAGCCCGUUGUGGUUUUGGAGGCGCUCAGUUUGACUGCCACUUGGACUUUGUUAUGUUUCGGAACCACUAUUCGGCAUAUGCAAAUUAUGCAGAUUGUUUUCGGUAAGUAUAGUAAAUAUUAACAACACCGUAUUUUAAAAUAAUUUUCCAUUUUUUUUCAAUUUCAGGCAUUGCCUCGGCCUCUCGAAUAGCCUACUUUUCCUAUAUUUACGCCGUCGUGGACAAAAGUCAAUUCAAAAAAGUGACGUCAUACAUUCGAAGUUCGGCGUUGGUCGGCAAAUUUCUUGCAUAUUUGUCAGCACAAGUGCUGAUUUUGACGAGCCUCGCUGACUACUUGAUUCUGAAUUUUAUUACGCUGGGAAUAGUCAGCAUUGCCCUGGUUUUAUCGCUGCUCUUACCGACAGUUCAGCGACCGAAAAUUUUGAAUCGAAUUUCGGCGGAAGAAGAGGGCCUCCACAACGUCCCAUUGACCGAAACCUCAGAAUUACAAGAUAAACAUAGCGAUAAAAGUCAAAGAAAUAUUGUCAUGGUAAGCGAAAAUUGUCUUAAAAAUUGUUUACAAUGGGUUAAAAAGUAAUCAAAAAAGCUUUUAGUAUAUAAUCAGCGAUUCGACGGUACUGAUAUGGUCAAUUUGGUGGGCAUUGGCGUCUUGUGGAUCGUUUCAAGUAGCGAAUUACGUCCAAUCUUUAUGGGAACCUAUGCAAAAGGAAGGACAAUUUGUGGGAAAUGGAUUUGUCGAGUGCUUGAAUACACUUACUAGUAAGUUGAAUUACGCAAACUUUUAUUAUGCGUUCGGUAAUAAGCUUCCUUUGGCCUAGAUUCAACGGCCUUUUUUAAUGUCAGCCAGCCAAUUCUUAGCGCUGCUUUACUCGAGUUUCAUAGGAUCUUGGCUUCGCUUAGUUUGCUUAGUUACAAGCGUUGAUGUAGCCUUCGUAACAUCCGCCAAGCAAUCCCGAAGCCAUAAUGAAUCCUCGGGCAACAUUCGUCUUGCUGUGAAGGGAAAAACAACAUGAAGGGCUGUUUCGGAGCCUAGGCUUGUUGGCCAAAAACGGCACCGCCUGCUGUCAUCGCUAACAGGAGAAGUACCCCAAGUGGGACGCUCAGAUUUUGAUGAAACAUGGCACAAACUUUGAAUAUUAUUUUCUAAGACAUAUUCGAGAAUCCUAGCUCGCUGUUUGCGGAAACAAUCGAGAUUUUUUGAUCGAAAAUCGGCGAAAAUUUGACAAUUUUUUGCCAAACUUUGGCACGAAAAGUUUCAUACCUAAUUUAUACCAUAGAGGGUAAUGCUUCCAGAAAACAUCAAUUUUUCCCGCACGAAACUAGCGAAGUUAUGGCCAAAAAGCGUUUAGAGCUCAAGCUAAAACUUUCGGGAAUUGAUAUUUAGUCUAUUCCCAACAUGUGCCGCACUUGGGGUACUUGCCUUGUAAGGAGCCGCUGAGUCUCGGCCGAAAGAAGCUGGAGACCCACUAAUUGUAUACGUUUACGGUGACAAAGCGGCUUACGGGCAAAAACAAUAAGGCGAAUGGAUUCAAGAGAUCCUCAGAUUUCUUUCAAGUUUCGUCGAUAAUGAUCAUGAGAAAUCGAAGACAAAAAUUUGACCCUUUAAUUCACAAAAAUUGGUCAAUUGUUUUCAAGUUUCGACUUGAAAAUCAUGGGGUUUUUCUGCCGAAAGAUUUUUAGUUAUUGUAAGAAGUGUAUGAAAACGAAUCGUAUUUUACAAACAUAUACACAUGAAAGUUUUAAAAUUGAUUUUUCAGGUACCCUGCUCACCUUCUCCCUCCAAUACAUCAAGUUUGAUUGGAGUAAACGCUCAGAACUCGUCUUCUUUUCCUCUUCUCUGACCUCCUCUCUCCUCCUCUAUGGAAUGGCCCAAACUUCUUCCAUCUGGAUAUCGUAUCUUUUCUACAUUAUCAACUCUUCGUUAUAUCAAAUGUUAAUGGCAGCAGCAACAGAUACAAUCGCAGAGAAGAUUGAGUCGCGAAGAUACAGCCAGAUCUUUGGAUUCAACACGUUUUUGGCCCUACUUUUACAGUCCAUCCUCACGUUUACAGUGAAUCAUCAGCUGGAUAUGGAGAUUCGAAGUCAAUUCUUCGUUUACAGCGUGUACUUCGGAGCGAUUUGCGCCGUUUUUGCGGUGUAUUGUGUAAUUUCGAGGUGUGUGAAAUGGUUUAGCAAAGAAAGUUAA